UUUCCUAUGCCAAAAGGCCCAACACCAUGGAGCCAUAGUAGAGUGUAAAUUAGACUCUCCUAAUCUUGUGUAAUCUCUCUAUAUAAUUUAGAUGCAAAUACCCCACAACAAACAACAAAUCAAAGUUGAACACCCAAGAAAAAUACAUCAAACACUCACCAAUUCACAUUUUUAAUUUCCACCUUCAAACUCCAUAACCAAAAAAACCCAACUAAAAAAUGACUUCAUUUGAAGAACCAAGAACACCCAUCAAUGGAAUACCCACAAAAAACACCAUUAUCACAACAUCCAAAUUCCCAUCUUCUAGAAGAACACAUUCUCUCUCUUCAUCUCCUUCUCUCUCUUCAAAUUCAUCUUCUUCCUUUAGAUCUUUCUCUAAUGAAGAUUCCCCUCCACCCACACCACCUCAAAGAAUUCCAUUUUCAUGGGAGAAAAUCCCAGGAAUUCCCAAACAUCAAAUUAUAAAUUCUCCAAGAAAUUUUAAGUAUCUUCCUCUUCCUCCUCCAGCUGCCCCUAUUUCAGUAAAAAACAAAUCAAAUUACAAGAAUAAUCACAUUUUAUGUAGAAAAGAUCCUUUCUUUGCUGCAUUAGUUGAGUGUUCUAAAGGUGGAGAUGAUCAUGAUCAUGAUCAUGAUCAUGAUGAAGAUCAAAAAGAUGUGAUUGGAAGUAUUUGGAAAGCUUCUUCUAAGAGUUUAAGUCAUAGAUUUGGGUUUGUGAAUUUUUCUUGUAAGAACACUUGCUCUGUUUCUCAAUCUCUUGUUUUUCUCCCUACUAGAGAACAACCUAGGAGGAUUUCUUAUGGGUUAGUCAAAAAAAGUUCAAGGUAAAAUUUUAGAAUUAUUUUGGGAAAUAAGAGUAAUAAUUUAUGAUCAUAGGGACAAAAAGGUAAAUGUAAAUUAUUAUUUAUUGCACAAAUUCUUAUAUGAGACGGUCUCACCAUGAUACAUGCCUCGUAAUUGGAUUAAAUGGCCCAAUAAUAGAAACUUUUAGCUUAUGGACUUCUUAUUUUGAAGUCGUCUCACCGUGAGAUAGUCUUAUACAAGACGGGUUUUAUUUAUUAUUAUUACAAUUAUCAUUUUGUUGCCCUUUAGAUUAUUUAUUUUCAUGGGGUGAUACAAAAAAAUUGCAUGGUUUUACUUAAAUGUAAGUUAAAAAAAUCUCAUUUUAUUGAGAUGUGUGAAAAAGAGGAUUGAAGUUUGAUAUUGCAUUGUAUAUAUUUUAAUAGAAUUAAGUUAUAAAUUAUCUAAUGUUAAACUUUGUAGGUUUUUCUCCUACAAAUUUAUGUUUUUUUUAGAAAUAUAUCAAGAAAUAUCAUCUAUGAUCAAUUUCUUGAGUCUUGGUAGUAGUGUAAUUUGUUUUAGAAAUUUUGGUUUUUAUUAUAAUUGAUUAUGCUAUUAUUUAA